UACACUUUUAUGCCUGAACUUUAUAAAAUGGCUAAAUAUUAAGUGGCUCAAUAAUGAUUGCACGGUUUAUUUAUGCAAAAGGAAAUAAAGUACGUAACCUGAUUCCUCAGACAUAUUUAUAUCAAUUAACUUCAGAUUUGAUUUUAGUUGAUCCUCCUAAAAAUGAUUAUGGAAAAGAAUUGGCUGAUUGUCCUUGUCUUACUUUCCACUGCAGCAUUCGUUGCUGCUUCAACAACUCAAGCCCCAGAUUCUGAUGUUUGUAAACAUACAAGUCCGAAAUUGUGCAGCCAGGGAUGCAUUAGCCAUGACGGGGGUUAUGAUUGCUAUUGUCAGGAAGGCUACACUCUUAUAAACCACACAUACUGCCGAGCUAUUGGACCAGACCCACUAAUCAUUUUUGCAGACCGUUACACUGUCCGAGGAUAUGACCCACUUAAGAAUGAAUAUCGAACGAUCGUAUACGGUCAGACAAACGCCGUAGCCGUAGACUACGACUUCAGGGAAAAGCAGGUCUACUGGUCAGACGUUGUUCUAGAUGAGAUCUACCGCUCUAAUAUAAAUGGUACUAGUUCGCCAGAAGUCGUCAUAACUGGGGCUAACAUACCAGAUGGGCUAUGCAUUGACUGGGUCUACCGCAACAUUUACUGGACUGAUACGGGAACCAACAGAAUUGAAGUUGCAAGUCUUGAGGAUCCAAGCAAACGUACUAUUCUCAUUUCUGAUAAUUUAGAUGAGCCAAGAGCUAUUACUAUUGACCCAAGAAUCGGGUACAUGUUCUGGUCUGAUUGGGGUCAAGCUCCCAAGAUUGAACGCGCAGGAAUGAACGGAAUGCAAAGACUGACCCUCGUGGACACUGAUAUAUAUUGGCCAAAUGGUCUGACCACUGAUCUGAUUAGUGAUCUCCUUUUUUGGGUUGAUGGUCUUACUCAACACAGCCUAAGUAGCAUCGACUACAACGGCCAGGGUAGACGAACCAUCCUCCAAUCAAAUUCAAUAUUGCCUCAUCCGUUCGGCAUCACUGUUUUCGAAGAUUAUGUCUACAUCACAGAUUGGCAGAUAAAGGGUAUCAUUAAAGCUAACAAAUUCAAUGGAAACCAUACCAUUUUAGUUGAUAACCUUUCUCGACCUACAGGCAUCCAAAUAUAUCAUCCUCAAAAACAAAUUAACGGAAUUAUUAACUAUUGUGGAGGUCAUAACGGUGGAUGCUCUGAUCUGUGUGUAGCUGCCCCUCAUGUGAGCGAUAAUUCGGCUAAAUAUUCCUGUCUCUGUCCCACAAACUCUUUCCUAAUGCAAGAUGGGCGUACAUGUGACAGUUCUACAAUAAAUCCACUGACACCACCUUCUGUUCAAACUAUUGGUCCACCAGAAGACAGGCUGACCACACAAACGGGGACCGAGAUUACUAUUGACAAAAAAGACCCAUUGAUAAACUGUAGUAUGGACCGGGUGACAUCAAUCAUUCCGUUGGUUAACUAUAUCCAGCCAUUAGCAGUUGACGACUUGUCCGAACUGACUGUUGAUUGUUUUCCUGUUUCUGGAUCAAUGUUUGCUGUUGGUGACACGACUGUUGCGUGUACUGCAAGGGACUAUGUCAAUAAUACAGCUAACUGUUCUUUUGUUGUUAAUGUCUUAAACUUUGCCUGCCCUGAGGAUCACGCGUAUAAUACCCCAAGUUAUGUCUAUUUCGAUGUCAUUGGAACCGAUGAUGUGGGGGUUGAUAUCACGUGUGACCAUUUGUCUGGAAGCUUGUUCAAUGAUACUACAUUAGUUUCAUGCGUAGCAACUGAUACCUUUGAUAAUAAUGCUGUCUGCAAUUUUCAAGUAAUCAUAGAUACAGAGCCUCCAGUAAUUAUGUGUCAUGAGGACAAGAUAAUUUCAACGGAGCCUUAUGUAAAGUACGCAAAACCAACGGCGACGGAUAACUAUUCAAGUAAUCCAACUGUAUCGUGUCACCCUGAAUCUGGUUCUGGUUUUCAAAUCGGUGAAACACGCGUUGUGUGCAAAGCUGUCGACGAAGUCAAGUAG